GGUUGCGAAACAGCUAGCGUUACUUGCUGAAGUAAGCAGAGCGCUCACUCUGGACUCGGGAAACUCGGCGCUUUUUUAUCAGAUGAGCUUCAAAAGUUAGUUUUAACUCGCUGUAGGACCACCCGGGCCAACUCUGAGACAAUGUUGGCCGCACUGACCGAGCGAUACGAGGCGUUUUUAAAGGAGAAAAACGUGGUAACUGACUGUUUGGACAAGCUGGAGGAGCGGACUGGCGUUCAGAAGCAGUACAUAGCAGCAGGUGUGGUGGGAUUCCUUGUGUUGUAUCUGUUAUUUGGUUAUGGUGCCUCUCUGCUCUGCAAUCUGAUUGGUUUUGCCUACCCAGCAUACGCGUCGAUUAAAGCCAUAGAGAGUCGUAAUAAGGAGGAUGAUACGCAGUGGCUGACGUACUGGGUGGUGUACGGGCUCUUCAGUGUGGCUGAGUUCUUCUCUGAUAUUUUCCUCUUCUGGUUCCCCUUCUACUACGCUGGAAAGUGUGUGUUCCUGCUGUGGUGCAUGGCUCCUGUUACUUGGAAUGGCUCUCAGAUCAUCUACACCCGCCUGGUCCGGCCCUUCUUCCUCAAACACGAGGCAGCGUUUGACUCUGUGGUAAAGGACCUGAGCGGGAAGGCCAAGAGUGCAGCUCAGUCUGUGGUUAAAGAAGGAUUGACCAUGACCGCUGACAAGGAUAAAUGAACGUAUAGAUUUGAAGACAUGAAGAAAAUGAUUUAAUACCAGGAUGCUUCUCCCUGCCUACAUUUCAUCUCACCAACACACUGCCCACUGUGCCGACAUGUGACUACACUGACCUGAAGUUAAAUAUAAAACAGUAACUGAGCCAGAUGCACACUAUCUCUUCCUGAGGCAAAGCAGCUGUUUUUGUAGUAAUUUAAAUAUGAGGUUUCUGACUGUACAUGUUCAUGCUGCAUUCACCACAUAAAUCUGAUACAAUCAAAACUGUGAAAUCUGUUUAUGCCCAUACUUCCUCACUUCCAAUAAUAAAUAUGUUGGUGCUAAAAAUGAUUUCAAAACAA